GCACAGUCCCAGAGCUCUGGUGCCUUUGGGGAAGUUUUUCACGGUGUAAGAGCUUGAGCUGCUGCUCUUGGGAAUGGCCCUGGAGCAAAGGAAUCCCUGGGCUUUCCUCCCCUGCCAGUCUGUGCCCCCAUUGCAGCACGGGUCCUUCCUCUGGGGUCUCAGGCUCUUCACUGGCUCCUGCAGAGCCACCCAAGCCUGCUCAUCUGGAGCUGUGGGAACCUCUCCGACAGCAAAGCCAUUCCCCAGGGAUGUUUCCCUCCCAUGCAAACAGAGCCCCAGGAGACACCUGGAAAGAGCCAGCUCUCUGCUCUGCUCCGAGGGGAUAAUGGCAUGGAUUGAAGGGCUCUGCUGCUCCCCACAACACAUCCCCCACUCUGCUCUUGGGAUGCCUAAACUUAGAGAUGAGCUCCUGCUGCUCGGGGUAACCUCUGAGCCUGUGUCUGUGCCCAGCUGCUGAUCUGCUCUCUUGGUGUUCUACAGUUCACUCAACUGUGCUGCAGACACGGGGAGAAGUAAUGGACAUGGAGCAACGCAGAGAGCUGAACACCAGCCCUGUGUUGAUCCUCAAGCCCAUGGAACCUUCACUGGGAGAUCAUGGAACUGUCACGCUUGUGGUUGCCCUGACCCAGAGCGCUGAGGGUGGUGUCAGCAGCCUGGAUAGCUCCAGAAGAAAUUCAUAUCCCCCUCAGCAUCUCUUGGGGCAGAAAGGUAAAACAGGUGCUGGUGACCUGAGGGCCAAGGCCAAGAAGAAGCUGCACAAGGCAGAAAGCAUCAAGGCUGCAAGAAUCACUGUCCCACACCAGCCCCAGCCUGCCAGGCUGAAGCAUGUGGUGGAAAAGACACCCUCAAGCUGGCAUCAAGAGAAGAUGGAGUCACGUUUAUACUGGCAAGGAUUAAAGCCCUCAGCUGUAGCUGGUGGAUUAAAACAUGCUGACGAUCCCUCCAUCUCUGGACAACACAGAGAUGAGGAGGAAGAUCCAACUGCCAGGAAGUACCACGUCAGGACACACAAACGGCACAAGAAGAAGGACAGGCAGUAUUGGGUUGGACGUAAUCCGCUUUUCUACCAGGUGCUGAGCCCUGUGAAAGUGGAGCGAAGGUCCAGAUCUGCCCAGGGUCUAAACAGGGACGUGGAUUUUCUCUCUGACCCGUUGGUUCAGAGCCACCCCGCUGUGAGCAGCAGACGAGGAGCCACGGCUGAAGAGAAGCAUUCCUCCAUCGGCGGCCACCUCCUGCUCAUGCCUGACACCAGAGAGGAGGAAGACUCCAUGCUCCUCCAUAAACCUGUGAGACCCCGAAGUGCGGACCUUGCGCCAGUACUAAAAGACCUGGAAACCAAUGCUGAUCAUCACCAGCAGUUGAUGGAGGCACACAAAGGCCUGAAGACAUUCAUGGCCCACGUGGAGAGAGCUCUGAGGAGGGACUGCAGCCUGCCCCAGCUCAAGCAGGCGUGUGCCAAGAUGGUCAAAAAGACCAGGCUGCUUCUAAAGGUGCUCCAAGGGAGGCAAGAGAACCAGGAAGCCUAUGAUCCAAUAGAGCAGUGUCGUCAACAAGAGAACAUGAUCAUUCACAUGGCCUUGGGGAAGGACAAGGGGCUCACAGGGAAGAAGCGCUCCCGACAGAGUGAACUUGACUCCCAGCCUGGCCACCCCAGGAAAUUUUUUGUGGCUGAGAAGGUUCUGUGCAAAACUGCCACAGAGAGGGAGGAAGGAUAACAAGGAGGCACAGAAUGUAGAGCAGCCUUUGCUCUACAGGGCAGAGAGCUCCUCCGAGUGUUGCCCCUGUUCCCAGGCUGUUCAUGGAGCAUCCCAGUGCUGUUCCCUGUUCAGCAAGUCUGAAUUGCCAUGGAUUCAACGCAUCAGGGAUGCCUAUGAAUCCCAGAGAUAAGCAUCCCGGGAAGAGGCAUAGUGUGAAGAACAAAGGUAGAAGACUUUCAAGACGUUAAUGGGAUGCCACAAUUGUUCACCUCCCAUUUAGCUGAGGCCCUCCUUGGAUGCUGCUUUGUUUGCUGUUUUUAUUUCUUUAGAUGCUUUUUCCUUGACUGUUAUUUCUUGCUGUCACUGCUGAGGGAAGGCCAGAGGGUGCUGCAGGCAAGCACAAGCUCUGGGACACCCAGAGAAGGCAUCAGUAUCUCAGGGUUUUCCUCAUCCCUUGUCACAAUGUUUUCCCCUGCAUUCAAUAAAAAACAAGUUGGUUCUCGUUC